AUUAAGGAAUGGGUCGGCUGGCCGCAAACUAUAAUAAGCAAGACGACAGUAUCAUCGCACGGCAGUGAGAGCGUAGUAUGGCGCGGCCAAUGCUACCUUAGCUUCCAUGAUUUGUGUAUUGACAGUAGAGUCUAUUGUUAUAGGAUAACAUAUGUCUAUUUCUAUCCACGAAUUCAAGAUUGACUAUGAUGUAUCGUCGGUAUCUAAGCUGGACAGACCCAAUUUGGCGUCUUAUCCAUGGCCUUUCUCUUCCCCGCAAGCGACGCUCGAGCAAGUGGUGGAGGUCGACUCCUCGUUCCGCAGGUGCGAUAGCCGUCCCAUACGCUAUGCCUCCCAGGCCCAGUAGCGAGGUCGGUUGUGCAUCUUGGAUCGUGACUGGCGUCCCGUGUGGUGAAACGAACUUUCCUUCAUCCGCCCCAUGAAUUUUCAGUAUGGCGAAGGAACUCAUCGUUCCAUC